AUGGCCUUAGUAGCCUAUUCCGACUCCGAAGGCUCGGACGCUGAGCCAGACACCACUCCGGCUCUGCCGACUGAAAAGACCAAAAAGCCCGAUACCAGCGGUUUCCAAGUCGACCGCAGCAACCCGCGCAAGAUCCGCGUUGCGCUCCCCGAGAUCAAACCCGAGACCCCAGCCGGUCAGGCUGGAGACGACGGCCCCGCACGUAAAAAGCCACGGUUAGGUGGUGGAGGAGGUCUAUCAGGAUUCAACUCAUUCCUACCAGCUCCGAAACGAACAGCCGAGAAGAAAUCGCCCGUGGCGUCAACGCGCAAACCAUUCAGUCUCAAGACCGGCGCAGGCCCGGGAUUCGAUCGCACUGCCGAUGCAGAGACAAGGAAUGAACAAGCUUUCAAUGAUCCUGCAGCGGAUGCAGAUGCCGAGGCCAUACCUGCAGCUGGUAGCCUCAACACCACCACACCUGACACCCCGGAGGCCAUGAAGAAGCCAGGGGAGGUCAAAUUGCAGGGAAACCCUAUGAUGUUCAGACCGCUAUCAGUGGGGCGGCCGAAGAAGAAGAAGAGCACCAAGGCGGCUCCGCAGCCGACACCGGGUCCUGCAGCACCGAAGGCUGCACCUCAAGAGUCUGCACCACAACCCCCUGCUCCCGCAGCACCAAAACCCAAAGUCAGCCUGUUCUCUCUGUCAUCCGAAGAGAGUCGGGCAGAUACAAUACCAGGGUCCUCAGCAACAUAUGAGCCGUUGGUAUACAAUGCCGAAGGUGACGCGCCACCUGCCGGUCCAGCUGUACCCGAAUCUACAUAUAUCCCCCAAGAUUACCCCGAACCCGUAUCCUCUUCCAACAUCUCAUCUUUGGAUACAGUUGCCAAUGAUCUCAACCUAUCCAAGGCUGAACGACGCCAACUCUUUGGACGGAAUGCCAUACCUUCGCAGUCACAAGUGCGUACCUUCAACACGGAUGAAGAGUACGCAUCGAACCAGGUCCUGGCUCAAGGCGAGCUUGCUGCAGCUCAGCACAAUCCUGUGCGCGCUAUUGCGCCUGGCAAGCACAGUCUCCAGCAAUUGGUUAAUGCGGCAAGCUCACAAAAGGAUGCCCUCGAGGAGAGCUUCGCAGCUGGCAGGAGGAACAAAAAGGAAGCGGGAUCCAAAUAUGGAUGGUAG